AUGUUCUCGCGCAAUGCGGAAGCUUAUGACUUGCGGCUUGAUCAGGCAUGCGUAUUCAUACAGGAUGAUUCAACUUGCGUUAAAGGAAAAUUUCACAUCUAUCUACCACGCUCCGCCUCUCUCAAAGACAUUCGAGUGAAGCUGAUCGGUUCCAUGAAUCUGCCACGGGAUGACUCACUCUUCGAGAAGACUCGUGAAAUUCUCACAUUGCUAUCGGACCAUGCACUAGGCUCAUCGAAGACACUGAACUCAUUUCAACUGUCGGCGGGAAACUACGAAUUCCCCUUCAGCAUCCCAUUACCAAGCGCCAUGACAGAUACUGUUACAGGCCCAAAGCACAUGUACCAGAUGUACUACGUGCAGGCCACUAUUGAGCGUCGUUUCAGAUACAACACCGUGGUAUCCCAACCUAUUCGAAUUUAUCACCCUCCCGUACUUGGUCAAUUGAUGCCUUCCGAUCCUAUGACUCUGGAAGGGCAAACAAAAACGGACAUUCAAUAUUGCAUUUCCAUGCCAGAUUUAAAUGUUCCAUUUGCAAGCAGCUUUACAGUCAAUUGUUGGAUCGCUCCUCUUUCAAAAAAUUUGAAAUUGCGCAAUGUCUCCCUCGCCGUCAUCGAGAAGCAUUACCUUCGAGUAACGGCUACAGCUGCCGAAUCUGUCAUGCAUAAUGUCAUGACGAGGAAUUGGACACGUACCUCCACGAUCUUUUCGGCUGAGCAGAAGUUCUCUGGGGUUACUGGUUCCCCAGAUGAUCUUUCGCCGGAGUGGAGCCUAGAUUUGCCAGUGCAUUUGCCCGACAGUUUCGAUCUUGCCUCACAAUCAGUCUCAACGAGCUCUAUCAAUAUAAUUCAUGAGGUCGUGGUCCAAGCUGAAUUUGAAAAUACAGAGAUACAUGCAGUGGUAAAGAUGGACGCUAAGAUACCUUUUUCGAUAUACAUGACACCUGCUGUGAUUGGUGAAGACGCAACAAUUCAUAAUCAGAGCAUUGAAUGCUUUUCGAAUAUUGGCGAAACUCCUCCCCCCUACGGUGACCACAAAGCCGAUGCGAUACUCUUGGCGUGGGAGGGAAAUCUGAGAAGACUCGGCUUGGAGACUUCGCCAAGUUUCAGCGACCAAUGCUGCCAGCUAGAACUUGCAAAUGCUUCUUCACAAUACAUUGGGAGCUCAGCUAGCAUUGAACCACCUGCUUACGGUUCUUAUCCUACUGCAUAA